AGUUUGUCACCAAAAUAUUGGUCUAUGGUGCUGUGAACACGAAUGCGUUUGGAGAAAACUUUUUACGUUUUGUAGUUAAAUUAAUUAGUAUUUGUACGCCCUCCGUAUUGUAUUUGUUAUUUAAUGUAGGAAAUCUUAAUUUUAUGGAAAUAUAAAGUAAAUGCUUCUCUGCAGUCGUUCACUGGAAGUCUGGACAAGCUCCAGAAUGGCGGAGCUCAGCUGAAAAAGCUGUGAGAGUUGAAACCAGAAAUCACUGUGGAUGAAAAACAGAGGCAGAGUUGUAUAAAGUAUUUCUAAAUCCAACUCGUCUGAUUUCCCACCAAUUGAUGUGCAGUGCCUGCCAGCAUGUCGCACAGGAGUCAGAGUGGCAGCUCGCCCGGCCUCAAGCAGAUCGACCUCGACCAGAUAUGGGGGGACCUGCGUGAGGGCAUCGAGCAGGUGUACAAGCGCCAGCACAUGCUCAAGCCCCGCUACAUGGAGCUCUACACACAUGUGUAUAAUUACUGCACAAGUGUGCACCAGAACACCACUAAGACUUCAGCACCCAAGACAAAGAAGGGCACUGCAUCAACGGGCGGUGCGCAGUUGGUGGGCUUGGAGCUGUACAAGAGGCUGCGAGAGUUUCUGCGCAACUAUCUCAUCUCGUUACACAAGGAUGGCAAUGAUCUGAUGGAUGAAGACGUCCUCAAGUUCUACACCCACCAGUGGGAUGAGUACCAGUUCAGUUCGAAAGUGCUGAACGGCGUGUGUGCAUACCUGAACAGGUAUUACAUUCAUAGACACUGGGUGCGGCGGGAGUGCGAGGAGGGCAGGAAAGGCAUCUACGAGAUCUACCAGCUGGCCCUCGUCACGUGGAGGGACCACCUCUUCAAGCAGCUCAACAAACAGGUUACAAAUGCGGUGUUGAAGCUGAUAGAGCGUGAGCGUAAUGGGGAGACCAUCAAUACCCGGCUGGUCAGUGGUGUUAUUAGCUGCUACGUCGAACUGGGUCUGAAUGAAGAAGAUCCAGCAGCCAAAGGUGCCAAUUUGUCAGUUUAUAAAGAUUCAUUUGAGAAUGUUUUCUUGGAAGACACGGAGCGAUUUUACAACCAUGAGAGUACUGAGUUUCUGCGGGAGAAUCCAGUCACAGAAUAUAUGAAGAAGGCGGAGCAGCGGCUAGCAGAGGAGGACAGGCGUGUGCAGCUGUACUUGCACGAGACCACCAAGGAGCGCCUGGCCAAGACAUGCGAGAAAGUGCUCAUAGAGAAGCACCUGGAGAUCUUCCACGCAGAGUUCCAGCACCUGCUCGACGCCGACAAGAACCCGGACCUGGCCCGCAUGUUCCAGCUGGUGGCGCGCAUCCUCAACGGCUUGGGCGAGCUGCGCACUCUGCUCGAGGUGCACAUAACCAACCAGGGCCUUGCCGCCAUCGACAAGUGUGGCGAGACCGCCAACAGCGACCCGAAGGUGUAUGUGAACACGAUCCUGGAGGUGCACAAGAAGUACAAUGCGCUGGUCCUGACGGCCUUCAAGAACGACUCGGGGUUCGUCGCGUCGCUGGACAAGGCGUGCGGCCGGUUCAUCAACAGCAACGCGGUCACCAAGCAGGCCAACAGCUCGUCCAAGUCCCCGGAGCUGCUGGCCAAGUUCUGCGACUUGCUGCUGAAGAAGAGCAGCAAGAACCCGGAGGAGGCGGAGCUCGAAGACACCCUCAACCAGAUUAUGGUGGUGUUCAAGUACAUAGAGGACAAGGAUGUCUUCCAGAAGUUCUACAGCAAGAUGCUGGCCAAGAGGCUUGUGCAGCACAUGUCGGCCAGUGACGAUGCCGAGGCCUCCAUGAUCUCCAAGCUGAAGCAGGCGUGCGGGUUCGAGUACACGUCCAAGUUGCAGCGAAUGUUCCAGGACAUCGGAGUGUCAAAGGACUUGAACGAGCAGUUCCGCAAACACUUGGUGAACUCCAACGAGCCACUGGAUAUAGACUUCAGCAUCCAGGUGCUGUCCUCCGGCUCAUGGCCCUUUCAGCAGUCUUUUACCUUCUCCUUGCCCACUGAGUUGGAACGCAGUGUACACAGGUUCACCACAUUCUACAGUGGCCAGCACAGCGGCCGCAAGCUCAACUGGUUGUACAACAUGUCCAAGGGGGAGCUGGUGACCAAUUGCUUUAAGAACAGGUACACGCUGCAGGCGUCGACUCUGCAGAUGGCAGUGCUGCUGCAGUACAACGCCAGCACCAGCUGGAGCCUGCAGCAGCUCCACGAGUCCACGCAGAUAAAGAUGGACUUCCUGGUGCAAGUGGUGCAGAUCCUGCUGAAGGCCAAGCUGCUGCAGAGCGAUGACGACGAGAACGAGCUGCAGCCCGUCUCCCAGGUCUGCCUCUUCGCCGGCUACAAGAACAAGAAACUGCGCGUUAACAUCAACAUCCCGAUGAAGACUGAACUGAAAGUGGAGCAGGAGACGACGCACAAGCACAUAGAAGAGGACCGGAAGCUGCUGAUCCAGGCAGCCAUCGUUCGCAUCAUGAAGAUGAGGAAGGUGCUGAACCACCAGCAGCUUGUGGCGGAAGUGCUGAACCAGCUGUCCACCCGCUUCAAGCCCCGUGUGCACAUCAUCAAGAAAUGUAUAGAUAUCCUGAUAGAAAAGGAGUAUUUGGAGAGAACAGAUGGAGAGAGAGACAGCUACACCUACCUGGCAUGAUUACUCAACAGGUCCAACGCAAACUGUGACAAACUUAGCUCGUACACUUCCCACACUUCUCCUUUACGAAGCAAGGGGAGCAAAACUCAUGACACUCAAUGUGCUUGGAACAUGACUGAGUACCAGUUGUGAAAAAAGUGGUUUAUUAAUCGGAAAAAAAAUUUCACGUCAAGAUAAAAUGCAUUGUUAAUUUUUUGUCAACUGUUUCAAUUGCUUCACGUGUUCAUGCGUGUGAGAGAUGUGCAGUUUUCAAUCACUGCCUCUGGUGUGUGUUCUAGUUGGGAGAUAAAUUACUGAAAGUAUCCAAGACAUUGAAAAUAAGUUCUGAACUUGACUGUGUUUUAGUGUUGUCAUUCCUGAUUUUACUAUUAUUUGGGGUAGCAAAAUGUUCUGUUAUUUUUUUUAAGACAGACUUGUUUUGGAGUUAGCAUGGCAAAUCAGCAGAAUAAUUGUCAUUUAAUAAUUAACCCUGUGUCUUUCUGCAAAGGUAGGGAAGUUUUGUAAUGUAAGUUUGUGAAUGUGUACAUCGGUCACUUGUAUUUAGUGUUGUGGCUUUGUGAGAGUUGGGGCUUUUGUCUCUGCUUCAUGGACCAUACCAAAUUUAUAUUUGUCAAAUGUUGCUGUACGUAUAUUAUUCGUUGUAUCGUGACCACCAGUAUUGUUUUAGCUACUUGUAGGGUAUUCUGUAAGAGAAUACAGUAAAGCCCUGUUAUAAUGUUCCUGCAUGUAGUUUAUUUUCCAGCUUAUUAUCUUUACAAAUUUUAUCAGUGAAAUAUUUGUUAAUAAUGUUUAGUGUUCUGAUGUUUUGACUUGCACCAAAACAUUGUGAUGCUGUGUAGAAGUGUUAUAACAGGGUUGUACUAGAAUGGCGAUUGUUGUUUUGUAUUUUUUUUUUUUUUUUUUUUUUUUGAAGAGUUUCAGAAAAUUGUCCAGAGUAUAGUGCAAUGCUGCUUGUUUCUGCAUUAUUUAAUUCAAGAUUAUUAUUAUUAUUAUUUUAACUUUUUAAAGCUAGUGCUUCUUUCUUACCACAAGGUUGCAAGUUCUGUUUCACUUUGUGUGUGUUUGUGAAGAUGCUCUUUUGUAAUGUAGUCUUUCUUAUACACCAGAUCUUAGUGAAAGGCUGGCGUAGAUGUGGAUCAAGUUCCCAGGGUUUAUUGUUCUUUUUCCUUUUAAUCAUUGAUGAUUUAAACAUGUCUUCACCCUCCUCUUUUAUGCACACCUACUGUGUUUCAAUUAGUACUUUAUUUUAUUCUUAAAAUAGAAGAAUUGCUUCUACUGUUCAAUAAAUUAACUCUUAGACAAUUAAAUAAUUAUAUAAUGGAAUUUUGCCAAUGGGGUAUAAAAUUUUCUUCCGAGUAUUUUUGGUCUACGAGGAAAUUUUUUUAGGUAAGUCUACUGGUUUUUAAUAAUUUUUUGUUUUCGUAUCAUCUCUUAAAAGGAUGUAUUGUAGAGGGAAAAAAAUUAUAUUUUUAAAAUGAAAGCAGUUAAAAUUAAAUUACAUAGAUAAACAUAAGACAUUUUGUAUUACCAAUAAUCAAGUUUAUCUUAAAGAGUAGCUAUAAUUUUUUAUGCGUUAAAAACUUUGCUGCUAAAAUUUGUGUUGUUAUUUUUAAUCUCUCUCUUUUUUUUUUUAAAGGUAUUUGACGGUGGCAAAUAUGUUUUCAUGAAUUAUGUUUUCUGAUAAACUUUGUGUUAUUAUGGCAAUAUUUAUAAUUUGCAUGUGAUUGGACAAUUUGUAUCACUUAUACAAAUGUACUGGUUUAUAAUGUUCGUAGACAAUGAACUCCGUAUAAGUGCGAGCAUGCUUAAUUUUUGAAGUUGUCAAUUACCUGUAAAUUCUGAGUAACUGCAAGGGAUAUGCUACAUUAGUUCCAUUGUUUUGAGAAUUUUUUGUUACAGCUUUGGCUUUUAUGAUUUCACUUUUUUUUUUCUUUCAUUACAUUGAAAGGUUUCUAAUAUGGCAAGUUAGGAUCCAUGACCAUGCCGGAACAGCGAUGUUACCGAAUUAUUGAAUCUCAAUAUAGUUUGAACUGGAAUACCAAAGAAAAAUCAAUACAGCGAAUUCUCUCCUGUCACCCUCAUGUAGGUACAAUUAAAUAUAACAUGUAAAAAUGUCUUUAUAUAAAGUAGGGAUUUUGUCGAAAAUAAUUACAUUACCUCGGCAAUACAUACAUAUUUAAGUCACAUUAAAAUAAUUUAUUGGUAAAAUUUUUUAAUUUACAACUAAACCAAAAAUAUUUAGUUUGCUUCGUGAUUCUCUUUUUAUAUAUAUAUAUAUAUAUAUAUAUAUAUAUAUAUAUAUAUACACACACACACACACACACACACACACACACACACACACACACACACACACACACACACACACACACACACACACACACACACAUAUAUAUUAGUGAUGUGCGAGUCUCGGCAUCAUCGAGAACGAGUCGAGACAGAAAUUUUCUCGAUCUCGUCUCGAGAUAAUUUUUUUGGCUCGGAAUUUUCGAGAAUUUUGUAAACAAGAAAUAGGUUAGGUCAUAUAAUAUAUUGAGGCAGCAUUUUGUGUUGCGUGUUGAAAUAAUUAACAUAUCUUCAACGUAACGUAGAUCGAAUAAAAUAAAAUAUACUUCUUACGAUAGUAUACACGAUAAAUUAGUAAAAAGUUAAAAACGAACAACUUCCGUUCACAAGUCACUACAUGAAACGGUAAACGUAAACAAUGAAUUGUGCUGUGGUUAUCAAAUUAAAUUACAGAAGAAAAUGAUUAUUUUCCGUUAAUAAAACCAACAUUACAGUUAAAAAUAAAUCAUUUUCGGUAUCAAUAUCAAGUAUCAACGUAAAACGGUACGGUAAAAAAUAAAAAUAUAAACAUGACUGCAGAAUUCUUCCGCGAUUGCAUUUUGUUUUAUGGCCUUAGGUUAUACACACGGCCAGCAGUAUAUAACAGGCAACAUGAUGUUUAAAUUGCGGUCCGUAUCGAUAGUGACAUAUCGAUAGUGGCGAAUGUUCAGACUUUCAUGAUCAAGUACCGUCCAUGGCUCAAGGAAACUGUAUAGACUAUGGAGCCAAUAACGUAUGUUUACAUACGACAGUAGGCAAAUAAACUUGAGUGUAAAGGUAAAGUUGUAAUUGCAAUUGUGGAUACUUGAUAAAAUUAUUGAAUAAUUAUGUAUGUUUGUCAGAUUAUUGAGUUUUACUUUUUUGGAUCAUAUUAUCCUGUUAACUAAAGUACAGAUUUCUCGAUCUCGACUCGAUUCUCGAGAAUUUUUAAAUUGCUUUCUCGAUCUCGUCUCGAAUUCAAAAAAGUCUUUCUCGCACAUGCCUAAUAUAUAUAUAAGUUAAAAGUAGUGAUACUAACAGCAUAGGCAUAAACUACUCUAUGCAGUUAUGGGGGAGAUUCAGGAACUAAAAGAUACCUUCUUGGUUUCAACAGUCUUUUAGGCCAUCUGUUUUUCUUUAAUUUUUUAAUUUUUGGGUUACAAAUUACAAAAAACAAAAUGUUCUCUCACUUAUAAAAUUUUACAUUAUAUUCGUUAUGUCUUUGAGGAAAGAUAAAUUACACAGAUUAUUUACUUAUGGUUUUGAUACUUUUUUCCUUUGGUAAUUCCUACCUGUCCAAGAUGUCUGUGUCACCAGCCUGUUGUGUUUUGUUUAUUGAAGUAGUCUUACCAACUUUUAAACACUGCCGUAAAAAUACAAUUGAUUUUGCUAAUAAAUGUGCUAAUAAAAAAUUGUGGUUUUUUUUGCAUGUAUGCCAUAAUAGAUUGCAAUUAUAAUGUGUAACAAAGUAUGUGUCAGCAUUAGUAUUGCCAUAAAACUGGAAAUUCUUAAAGAUUUUGACACCGGCUAGAAGUGUGAUGUGGCAAAACAUUUUUUUCAUUCUUAAAUGACUAGGUUGAUUAUCAUAACAAAUACUAACUGAAUCCAACUGUUUUAGUGUCUUAAAUCAAUAGAAACGGGCUGGUCUUAAUGUUGCAACAAUGUGGCUUAAACCCUCCAUAAAGUACUCCUCUCUUAAGGUAGUCAAUUUUUUAGUCACGUCAAAUACUUUAUGAAGAGAAUUUACUGUUUACAGUACAAUGGUAUCAAAAAAAAGUUGUAAUGAGCUUCUCAAAUUUACAUAAAUGUAUUUGUGAAUUGUAAAAUGUGAAAUGUAACCCAUUAGAAAACGAGAAACACUACGUAAACAACACACAAUAACAUUAAACAGGAGAUGUACAGUAAAAUAAAUUAUGUAAAUUAAUAAUUCUUAGCUAUGCACUUUGGUACAGUUUUUUUUUCUCCGGAAAUUACAUUCCUAGAAUUUCAAACAUCAAAAGAUUCCUUUUUUUAAUCAUUAGAAUUUUGGUUAAAUGCUACUUAAUUCCACGAUAUAACUGAAUUUCAGUGCGGUGUGUUGUAUUAACUUGUAUUUCUGUGUUAUGUGGUGUUUUUCGGUGUUAUUUGGGUUUUAUAGCAAUUCACCAUAUAAUUUUGUCCCUAUAAGUACAGAAUGCCAGACUGAAGACCUUUCAAUGUACCUUUGUUAUGGUCUGAAAUAAGACUGACAAAACCAAAAAAUCAUUUUCCAUCUAACAUCAUUAACAAAAUGCUUGUCACUACCAAGAUACAUACUAUAAAUAGCAAAGAGCUGGCCGUUACGUACACUAAUGUGCAUCAUUCAGCAAUGUCAUUCUUGCUUAAUAGUAUGAAAAUACCUGCAACAUAAUAGUACACAAUUGCUCAUUUCACCCAUUAUUUUUAAUAAAUGUUUUUGGGAACAUAAGUACCACAUGUAUUUAUUUGCAUAGAUCUCAUAAUCAUGUGUCCAGCUUUUACCUGCUAAGCAUUUAAGUGGUGAAAAUGACAUACGGCGCUGCCCUGUGACUGUAUCCCCAGUUUUAAAGUGAAACUAAGUUGGGUGUUUUGUUCAUAUUCACAAGUUGUGCCUUUUUUUGACUCAUGACCAAAACAAAUGCGCCCUGUUUAGACUAGAAACAUGUCUUACCUCAGUAAGUAUUAUCUUGACUGUGGCAUCACGUACUCGUACGUUCAUUGUGUGAACAUCUGGUUUGUGUGAAGGUUGGGUUUAAUGCAAGAAAAGUAUUCAGACGGUAAAUUUUUUGCAACUCUUGGAUUUCUGAACUUUUUUUUUUACGUGUUUAAAUGGUGAUAAUGAUGUAAGAGGAUUUUACGUUACAAACCAUAUGCAAAGUUCUUUAGAAAUGGCAUUCUCAACAAAUUAUAUUCCUUUAUUAUUAGGUAUUAAAAAUAUUUAAUGCAACAAGUUUCAUAAAAUAAGAAUGCAUCACUUAACCUGUAAUAUGUAUGAUGAGCUGUGUGUCAGUUGUUAAGGACAUGCUUCAUUCUAAAUAACAAUAACUAUUUCUAUAACAGUAAGGUUUUUAUACUUGUUUUCAGUGUUGCUUGCCACAGUUAUGCAUAACAAUAACAAUAACAAUUGCCAUUGCAUAGUGGCAUAACGGCGCUAUGUUUGCGAUGUUCACUAUGUGAGUAAAAUAUAGUUAGUUGCAUCUCAGGUGUCACUGGCCACAAAAAAGCUGUGUUCGCUAUGUUGGCGAUGUCGCCAGUUGUUGGUUCUGUGCUAUAUUUCCAAAAAGUCAUUUACUUCACGCUUGUGCAGAUAAACAAAAAAAAUAUGUUUUUGUGCGGAAUUGUACUGAACUUCUGCGUUUGCUUUAAAUUAGUAUCAUGUCGACGGAAAAUUUAAUUGAAGUAAGAUAAUUUCCAUGUUUAUGGAAUAAAUUGAUAGAAGGUGAUAAAAAACAGGAUAUGCAAGAUAAUGCGUGGGAUUUGAUUUCAAGGGAAAUUCACUAAUGUUGUGUGUUAAGGAAAUAAUAAUUAUUGGUGUGAAUUCCUUUUCUUAAUUUUUAUUUUAUUUUGGUGACGAUUAAUUAUUAAAUUAUGAAAUCAUUGUUUACUGACCUCAAGGAAAUGGUUAAUCGUUCUACUGCUAAAAUGCUUUCUGUGUAAUUUGGAUUUUUCUUCUCAAUUUUUUUUUUUAUUAGAAAUAAAAUGCUAUCAAACUGU